AGCUUCGCAUAGCCCUGACUUGCUGACAUUCUCGCACCGCACACGCUUUCUGAUCAGUAGUGCAACAUGCCGAAGAACAAGCUCGGAGGAAACAAGGCCAAGCGAGCCAAGGCCAGCACCGAGAACAACAAGAAGGAGCUGGAGUUUAAAGAACCUGGCCAGGAAUAUGGACAGAUCACCCGAAUGUUGGGCAACGGCCGUUGUGAUGUGCAAUGCGUCGAUGGGGUGAAGCGGUUGUGCCACAUUCGCGGCAAGAUGAGGAAGAAGGUCUGGUGCAAUCAGGGUGACAUCGUCUUGGUGUCGCUUCGUGACUUUCAGGACGAGAAGGGCGACAUCAUUGUGAAGUACACCGCGGAGGAAGCUCGAAGCCUGAAGAACUACCAGGAACUGCCCGAGAACGUGAAGAUCAACGAGACAGACAUCGGCGACGGCGACUCCAGCGACGAUGGUGUGGAGUUCGAUGAGACAGCUGGUGUGGAUGUGGACAACAUCUAGUUGUGCCCAUGGUCGAUGGUCAGCAUGCCAUGGCCACGCGAGACAUCUUCCGUGGUGAGUUUUGCCCAUUCAGCCAAUGGACAGCCACCGCACAGGGCUGUAUAGCUAUGAGUAGCCGAGUUGGCAGGGCAAACCUAGGGUCCGAAUUCAGAUCCUUCCUGGUAGGUGCUUCCCCUUUUUGCGGGCAGCCAGGGAAGGACAAACCUUAGUGGCUCUGCGGUAGCCUAAGUGAUCACAAACAGGAAGAGAAAUCCAC